CAUCACUCAGACAGGGAGCGCUACCAGGCGUGCUCAAAGUACGCCAAGUGAACCUUUCUCCAACAAUAAUGUUUUUUUAAGAGUCAAACUAGGGCUGACGAUGCGACCGGCUUCCUUGAGCGGACAGCAGUUUUAGACUAUAUUGUGCGGGGAUUAUUUGCGAUGGCGACUACUGAGAUGGAGUCCGGGUCUUCGGAGAGUCACGUGAGCGCCGACCCCGAUUCCAAGUACCCGCUGAAGGUCCUGUAUUGUGGAGUGUGCUCUCUGCCCUCAGAGUACUGCGAGUACAUGCCGGAGCCGGCGAAGUGCCGGCAGUGGCUGGAGAAGAACUUUCCAGACGUGUUUGCCAGGAUGACCGUUGGCCCGGCAGCCAACGCCCCCAAACAGGAGCCCGGCACCGGAGACGCUCCCCCUGCUGGCGAGGAGGAGGAGAAGAAGAAGCAGAAGAGAGGAGGCAGAGGUCAGAUCAAACAGAAGAAGAAGACGGUGCCUCAGAAAGUCACGAUAGCAAAGAUCCCCAGAGCCAAGAAGAAAUACGUGACGCGGGUCUGCGGCCUGGCCACCUUCGACAUCGACCUGAAGGAGGCUCAGCGGUUCUUUGCCCAGAAGUUCUCUUGCGGUGCCUCCGUCACGGCCGAGGAUGAAAUCAUCAUUCAGGGAGAUUUUACAGACGACAUCAUAGACGUCAUCCAGGAGAAGUGGCCCGAGGUGGACGACGACAGCAUCGAUGAUCUGGGUGAAGUGAAGAAGUGAAGACCAAAUAUGCACUUUGAGCGGAGGUGGCCUGGAGCAGAAGCAGCGCCCCCCUCUGGCCAAACCUUCACACCGAGUCAUUUUCUACUUAUUUCACUCUCGGUUUACUGUACAUACAGACGACUCGGCUCGGCCCGGCCCAUCACCUGCCACACUUCCUGUUUUUUAGUUCCUAGCUGCUUUCUCUCUUUUGCCAAAGGUGUGGUGUGACGUGACCCCCCCCCCCCCCCCCCCCCCCCCCCCCCAGACCCCCCGACUCUUCUUCACUCGAGCAACUGUAGGCUAAUAAAUUUCCUUCUCCUCCCUGCGGCUCCGCUCUCCUUCAUUCCUUCAUUCGGCCUCGUUUGGUUUCAUGUGUUUCAUCCGCAGGAUGACGGAACUAAAACCUCAAUAGAAAAUUCACUGGAUUUACCAGUUUUAUCCCUCAAAAAAAAAAAAAAAAAUUCAUUCUGGAAAUGUUAUUUUUGUUCUGGGUUUCGUUUACAUUUUAAAGAUCAA